AAGAGGACCGUCGACAGUAUCGAUGCGCUCCCCAUCGUAUUCUGAAUUACUGUGAUUUCCAAAUGAACGCGGACAGAUCUCGUGGUCGUCUCCACAUGGCUACCUAGCAAGCUAGCUAACCAACCAAGGCUGCUAGCUUGCAUUAGCUUCAUAGGUUAAAUAACGAUACUGUUAGCGAAUAGUUUUGCCGGCUGCUGGCUUAUCUCCAAACGUGACCUCUGUAGCAAACCACAACCUUGCAGCUCGGUGUCACUUGUGGUUAUCUAGAUUUCUAAACCACUGUAAUAUCGUUGUUAUGUCGAGAGACUGGCUAAACUGGGCCUUAUAGAUGCAACCAACCUGCUGGACGGCCAGGACAGUAACCAGGUUAAUGGUAGCCUAAUGCAUGCAAGUGUGCUAACGUUUUAGGAGCUAGCUGUGCCCUAGUGCAUUGAAUUACUCUUGAGAAAAUCUGUUAAACACUCAGAGUAUGGGCAGUGUGUUGGCUGCCGCCUCCCCCAGUCCGGCACCAGCCGCAGCUGGAGGUGGUCAAGGGGUCCCAGGGUUGGUGUCCGUCCCUCCAGGGUUCACCAUGCCCCCAGUGUCUUCCGUCCCUCCAGCAUCUGACCAGCAGACAGCAGAUGCGGAUUCCUCACUCCCAAACCCAGGCACAUAUGAAGAGUGUCACCGCAAAUGUAAAGAGGUGUUCCCUCUGCAGAUGGAAGGGGUGCGGUUAGUGGUCAACAAGGGCCUGAGUAACCACUUUCAGGUCAGCCAUACGGUUACCCUCAGUACCCUGGCUGAUUCUGGUUAUCGAUUUGGUGCCACCUACGUAGGCAGUAAACAGACUGGACCAACAGAGUCAUUCCCAGUCAUGGUCGGAGAUAUGGACAAUACUGGCAGUCUGAAUGCCCAGAUCAUCCACCAGCUUACGACGGCUGUGCGCUCCAAAAUAGCCAUCCAGACUCAGCAGCAUAAGUUUGUGAAUUGGCAGUGUGACAUGGAGUACCGUGGUGAAAACUUCACCUCCGCUGUGACACUCGGAAACCCAGACAUACUUGUUGGAUCUGGCAUUUUGGUGGCCCACUAUCUCCAGUCUAUCACACCAUCGCUGGCUCUGGGUGGUGAGCUAGUAUACCACAAGAGACCAGGGGAGGAAGGAACUGUCACCUCCCUCUUGGGCAGGUACACAGGUGACAACUAUGUAGCUACAUUGACUUUGGGAGGAGCAGGAGCCCAUGCUACAUACUAUCACAAAGCCAAUGAUCAGUUGCAGGUAGGAGUUGAAUUUGAAGCCAGCACAAGGAUGCAAGACACCACAACAUCUUUUGGUUACCAGCUGGAUGUUCCCAAAGCUAACUUGCUCUUUAAAGGUACGGUUGACAGUAAUUGGGUGGUUGGGGCAACCCUUGAAAAGAAGCUGUUGCCAUUGCCUCUCACACUGGCCCUAGGGGCUUUCCUCAACCACCGCAAGAACAAGUUCCAGUGUGGCUUCAGUGUCACCAUUGGCUAGAAGAGCUGGAGCUGCCUGGAGCCAGCUCGCAGGCCACAGCUUGGACCGGCACACAGACACACAGGAACCUGGACUGAGUUUUAGAAAUUGGAUUCAGAGACUCUCUUACAACUGUGAUUUCUGGGACAUACAGAGAGACAAAGACAAAUACCAAGGAGCCAGGACUGGCCAAGCCAUGCCUACAUUCUGUAGCACAAAUGUCUUUCCUUUAUGGUGUAUUGGAAUAUACCCAGAGGCUAGAGAGAUGUAUAUCAGAAGGCAUCAGGUGAUGCAUGAGAACAUGUGAUGUUAAAAUCAAAAGUAAGUGGUUAGACAUAAUAUAUGGUGAUCAUGUAUGAUGGAUUGAAAUAAAUGUGAUUACGUUUUGUACA